AUGCUCCUCAGCACAUGAAGCUCAGAAUCGCUUCAGGAGAAUCACAAGACUGUUGAAGCUCUUCAUCCAUCAACACUAAAACGAAAAUCUUCAUCUUCGGAUUAUUUCAGGAUAUAAGAUGUCUGCCUCAUUGAUGCAGUUGCACUUUUUUUGUGCCAUGCUGCACAUGUGGACUAGUGUAGAGUGCUGGUCUUACAACUACUCAGACACCAGCAUGGACUGGGAAUCAGCUAGAAAAUGGUGCAGAAAACAUUAUACAGACAUGGUAGCAAUCCAGAACCAAGGAGAGAUUGAGUACCUGAAAAGCUGGCUGCCGCAGAAAAAUGGGCACUACUGGAUAGGGAUCCGUAAGGUGAAUGAUGUCUGGACUUGGGUUGGGACCAACAAACCGCUGACAGCAGAGGCAACCAACUGGGCAACUAACGAACCAAAUAAUGGCCAAAUUGGACAAAAUUUAGGUCACCCUGAGGAUUGUGUUGAGAUGUACAUUCAAAGGACAGUGGACGAAGGAAAAUGGAAUGAUGAGCGGUGCGCAAAAGCAAAGACUGCUUUGUGUUACACAGCUGCCUGUAAAAACGACUCAUGCCUCCAUGGUGAAUGUGUGGAGACCAUCAACAACCACAAGUGUAAUUGCAUUCCAGGUUUUUAUGGAAAGAGGUGUGAGCAAGUUGUACAAUGUAACAAAGAUGAAGUGAUCGACCCCCAAAAAGGAAGAGUAGAUUGUACACAUAAGUAUGGAAACUUCUCCUUUGACUCUUUGUGCCAGUAUUCCUGUGAGGAAGGAAACCAGCUUAGUGCGUCAGAACCUCAGAGAUGCCAGGCUACAGGAACAUGGUCAAGGCAGUCUCCUACUUGUGAAUGGGUUCAAUGCGAGGAACUGUCUGCUCCCACAAGAGGAUCAAUGGAGUGCUCUGAUCCCCUGGGAAAAUUCAGCUAUCGUUCCAGCUGCAUGUUUACCUGUAAGGAAGGAUACAAGCUGGAUGAGUCUUCCUCCAUCACUCUGCAAUGUGAAUCAUCAGGAAACUGGAACGCAUCAAAGCCAUCAUGUGUCGCUGUUCAGUGCCCUGCCCUACAGGAUCCAGACAAUGGUUUUAUUACCUGUGAAGACGGUACAGACAUGAGCUUUAGCUACGGAAAGAGCUGCCACUUCAGCUGUGUCCCUGGGUACCACCUGAUAGGACCAGGGAAAGUCACUUGUACAUCAGCAGCUGUUUGGAGUGAGAAGAUGCCACGUUGUGAAGCUGUCCAGUGCCCCGCUUUUAAGGAUCUCAAAAAUGGCUCCCUGAAUUGCGUAAAUGGGAGGUUGAGCUAUGAAAAGACCUGCAGCUUCAGCUGUGAACCAGGCUUUAAACUGCAGGGGGCGCACACCAUUAAAUGUUCUGAGGAUGGACAGUGGAGCAACGUCACACCUUCCUGCAAAGCUGUCCAGUGUCCUGCCCUCCAGGAUCUAGAAAAUGGUGCCGUGAGCUGUGAAGAGGAUACAGAGAUGAGGUUCAGCUACAGAAAGACCUGCAGCUUCAGCUGUGCCCCUGGUUACCACCUGGUUGGACCAAACAGAACCACAUGUACAUCAGCAGCUGUUUGGAAUGAGCAGAUGCCACACUGUGAAGCCAUCACUUGCCAGAACCCUGGAGAAGAUCAUCUGAUCUUCCAGUGUAGCGAAUCACUGCGACCCAACUCCACCUGCAGCUUCAGCUGUGAACCAGGCUUUAAACUGCAGGGGGCGCACACCAUUAAAUGUUCUGAGGAUGGACAGUGGAGCAACGUCACACCUUCCUGCAAAGCUGUCCAGUGUCCUGCUCUUCAGGAUCCAGACAAUGGUUUCAUUACUUGUGAAGAUAUGAGGUUCAGCUAUGCAAAGUCCUGCAGUUUCAGCUGUGGCCCUGGCUAUCGCCUGGUGGGGCAGAGCAGUGUCACAUGCACAGCAGCAGCUGAAUGGAGUGAGCACAUGCCACGCUGUGAAGCCAUCACCUGUCAGAAUCCAGAUGGAGAAGCUCACAUGAUUGCAGACUGCAGCAAACCUUUAACUGGUUUGCAUCCCAGCUCCACUUGCAGUUUCAGCUGUGAACCAGGCUUUGAUUUGCAGGGAGCAAACACCACUACAUGCAGCAAAGAUGGACAGUGGAGUGAGGCCAUACCUACCUGCAAUGCUGUCAGGUGCCUUCUUCUUGAUGCUCCUGAAAACGGCAGAAUUAACUGCUCACACAGCCAGCCACUAUUCAACUCUCAGUGCUCCUUCACAUGCGAUCAGGAUUAUUCAUUAGAUGGACAUGAGAUGCUGAUCUGUGAUAGUCGUGGCACCUGGACUGGAAAGAAACCCACUUGUCAAGCUCCUACCACUGUCGUUGCUGGUGUUGCAGCAGGGGGCAUCGCCUUAAUAUCCGGUGUUUCUCUGACCAUGUGGAUUUUGAAAAAAAUGAGGCAGAAGACAUCCAAGUUUGAACUGAACAGCAGCUCUGAAAUUGAGGCUCCACUACAAGUGUACAAAAACAGCAUUGACAGCCUCAUAUAAGCCACGGAUAUUCAGAAAUAACACAUAACAAACAUGAUUCAACCAGAAAGAAGUGAUGUAAUGUGUGGAUUUUCUCCCAAUGGGAAAUUAAUAUAGAACAUAUUGUUCUACAGUUCUAUCAGUAUGCUGGAAAUGUAUUUUAUUUUGGCCUUACUGUGAAUGUUGUAUGAUAUUGUGUUCGGACUGUGAAUUAAUUUCAGUAUUUUAACAACAGUAUUUAUAUAGCAUUUAUUUAUGGGGUCUCUACUUCUGAAUGUUUAAAGUAGCUCUUAUUUUACACAAAUAACUUCUAUAGCCCUCAAGGUUACCUGCAUCUGUAUGGACACAUUUUCACUCGCAAAUAAACCUAAUAAACAUUGUUAAAUUUUGCAAAA